UUAGCGUAGCCCAGUUUCCUCCAGGCUCGGAGAGAGAGGACCUCGUUCUGGGCAUUGGGAGAAGAGAAUCGUGUAGUCCUGGCAAUCAUAGAAGCGACGAGAGAGAGAGAGACGGCCACUCUAUCAGCUUUCCACUACCCGCGUGACUGUAUUGGUCUGUCUGCUAUCCGCUAUGCCGCUGCCCGUUGCGCUGCAGACCCGCUUGGCCAAGAGAGGCAUUCUCAAACAUCUGGAGCCCGAACCGGAGGAAGAGAUCAUUGCCGAGGACUAUGAUGAUGACCCUGUGGACUAUGAGGCUACCCGGUUGGAGGGCCUGCCGCCAAGCUGGUACAAGGUGUUUGACCCUUCCUGCGGGCUCCCUUACUACUGGAAUGCGGACACAGACCUCGUGUCCUGGCUGUCCCCACAUGAUCCCAACUCCGUUGUUUCCAAAUCUGCCAAGAAGCUCAGGAGCAGUAAUGCAGAUACUGAGGAGAAGUUGGACCGGAGCCAUGAGAAAUCGGACCGGGGCCACGAGAAAUCGGACCGAGGUCACGAGAAGUCAGAACGCAGCCAUGAGAAGUCAGAACGGAGCCACGAGAAGUCUGACAGAGACCGGGAGCGUGGUUAUGACAAGGUGGACAGAGAGCGAGAGCGGGACAGGGAUCGGGACCGGGACCGCGGUUAUGACAAGGUGGACCGGGAAGAGGGCAAAGAACGGCGCCACCAUCGCCGGGAGGAGCUGGCUCCCUACCCCAAGAGCAAGAAGGUGGCAAGCCGGAAGGAUGAAGAAUUAGACCCCAUGGACCCCAGCUCGUACUCAGAUGCACCCCGAGGCACGUGGUCAACAGGACUCCCCAAGCGGAAUGAGGCCAAGACGGGUGCAGACACGACAGCAGCCGGGCCCCUCUUCCAGCAGCGCCCUUACCCAUCCCCGGGGGCUGUGCUCCGGGCCAAUGCCGAGGCCUCCCGAACCAAGCAGCAGGACUGAACCUUCCCCACCCCCACCCACUCUGGGGUUUUUAAUAAAAGCUUUUCGGUGGAUCAUG